AUGGGGUCUCUUGAAUCCUCCCAUCACACGUACGGGGCCGCGGAUCUCCAGGUCCAGGUCCAGGUCCAGGGUCCGAAUGUGUCGUAUUGGACUAUGACUCUAGGCCCAUGCUGGAUGGCUUCCCGACAACCACAUAACAAAGAUCUUCAAGUGCGAACUGGGUGUGGAACAUGUAAACGAAGGCGAGUGCGCUGCGAUGAAGCGAGGCCAACUUGCGUGCGUUGCACCAAAGCAAAAUACAUCUGCGAUGGGUACUCGGCGUUCUCGACGCCGUCGCCCCAGUCCUCCAGCACGAAGCUGCUCCUGGACAUCCCAGAAGGUGUCUCUCGGGGGAUUCGACCAUCUGAUUCACCGCACUUCUAUCGGACUCUUCAAGCAAUGGCGGAGCUACCAGAGCUAGAUUACCGAGCAUAUGACUUUUGCCGACGACAAACCACGCACAAUAUUGCGACACACCACUUGUCCCAUUUCUGGACCCACACAGUGCUCGCCGCUUGCCAUGACGACUCAGCCAUCCUGCAUAGUAUGCUGGCCCUCUCUGGAGCACACAGGUUCUACUGUGACGCACAGUCGGGACUCGUUCCACUUCGAGCAGCUGAAACGGCGAUGUACAGCCAUUAUGGAAAAGCCGUACGCUUAUUGCAGGACCGCAUGCGAGCGAAGAGUCUGGGAGAGUGCCAGACCAUCCUCAUCGUCUGUCUGGUUCUCCUCACGUUUGAUGUCAUUCAGGGGAGGUAUCGAGAAGCCCUAGUACAUCUGAAUCACGGCCGACGGAUUCUCAGAGGACUGCAGGCGUGCAAAUCGGAAGUCAGUGGAAUGACUGGGUUAUACUUGCCGAUCAAGGCUGAGUCCACACUAGACGAGCUGUCUUACUCUUUCGCAAUCAUGGACCUCCAAUCGGUGACCUUCGGGAGUGAGGUCCUGCAGUUCAGGCUGAUGGGUGACCAGGAUGAGGUUGAUCCAGGCAAACAUAGGAUUUCCACAAGCUUUGCCAACUUGGACGAAGCCUGGCGAUGCAUCUUGCUGCUCCUCAACGAGGUUCAUUACUUUGCACUCUCCCUCUCGCAGAGGCAAAGCAUUGGAUCCACUGAUGAUCAGUCCUUGCGCAUCUGGCAAGGACGAGUUCUUGGAUACCUGCGACAGUGGAAACAGGCUUUCGACAACGGACCUCUCCGUACAGCCGCAUCUGGUUCCAAUUCCAGCUCCGCAUGGCAUGACCGUUCUGCCCAGCUGCGAUUAACCCAUACAUACCUCACGGUCAUUGUCCGAGUACUUCUCAACCGGGAUGACGAGAUGAUCUAUGACUCACUGAUAUCAGAGUACUCAAAGAUUAUAGCUCUCUGUGAGGAACUGGCAGGCCGACUGCCUUCGAUCAAGCUAGAUGCAGUCGUCAUUCCGGCUCUAUACUAUGUGGGCGGGCGCUGUCGACAUCCCGGUCUUCGGAGACGAGUGCUCCAGGCACUGUCAAGGGUUGGCCGAGAAGGACACUGGGACGGCAGGCAAAUCGAAAGAUUGACGCGGGAGAAGAUGAGGAUUGAGGAGGAAGGGUCAGGGUAUAUCCACAAGGAGAACCAUGAUGUGCCACAAGAUGGCGGGCUUCUGGCUGCUAUUGUUCCUCGCCAUGCUCGUUGGACCGAACUGUGGGCCGACUUUUCUGAUGAGGAUUAUUCCAUGAUCCGACUGCAGUUCAAGCGCAGAGUGUCAUCUGCGGAUGGAGGGACAACGAUGGAAGUGCGUCACGUGCUGGUGAGAUGUUGA